UUCACACGGUCAACAGCAUUAAAAAAAAAAUGUUCUCCUGUGUGACAAGAAAUAGUCAACUUUCUUCUGAGCCUGAUGGAUUAAAUGGAGAAGAGCAAAUCAGCAACUACAACUGCAGACAUUCUGCUCCAGAGACAGACUGCCACGUUUCUAUCAAUUCGAAAGGAGAUCGCACCUCUGACACUUCGGGUUCCUCUUACCGUACAGCGUUGUGCCCAGAGGAAGCUGAGAGUUUUGUGGACUGUAUGGAGGAUUUUGAAGAAGCUGGAGAUCAUAUCAAGCAGUCCACUUACUGUGACUCAGAAUAUGAUCAAGACAGCACCACAGGGAUCCUCUCUGCAGCUCAGACCAGCCCUGCUGACAGAAGCAAGAUUUCCAAGGUUACAGCCAGCCAACUCCAUGGGACUUUGAAUAGUUUCAGCAACGUCUUACAAGACCCGUGCAGUACAAACAGCAAAGGGAAAGGUGAUACUUGUGCUGCUAUAUCUGGAGGGGUUCAAGCUCAUUUUGCUCUAAACAGCAGAGAGGCUUUGGGAGGUUCACUGCCAGUCCAAGAGGCAAGAGUGCAGAGCCUGCAGGCAGACAGCAAUGGUACAAUAAAAGAUCAAGCCUGCAGAGACAGACUCUGUUCCAGUGGCAAGGAAGGCCAACAGGUUCAGAUGUCAAUCAAGCCUAAGAAUAGCUCAAACCCAGUGUGCAAUGGCAGCAUGGUUCUAGUCACAAGAAGGCUGCAGCCUGGAGACAGUGGAUCUAAAUACUUGGAUCAUCCUACACAACUCAGUUCUGAUAAAUCCAAGGAAAUGUUGCCUAAUGCUCGCAAGUUGAAGAAAAGCAGUCUUGGCAGCCGAACUCAUGGUCCUGUAAGUAGCAAACCAGCAUGCUCCAAAUAUUUUGUUGAAAAUUCAAGUGUUUUGAGUGACUCUGAUGAGGCUGAUAAUGAAGUAGAGCAGCUGACUGCUCUGUCUUUCCAGAGCCUCUCAUGUCCUCAAGGCAGUUACCUAGAUAUGUAUAGUUCCAGUAACAGGACAUCAUCCAGCUUAUCCAAUUCCUUGCCAGAAGAUAGUAAUGGAACUAACAGAUGGCCAACGUGUAGUGAUCAGAGGAAAACAGUGGUGGUCGGCCACAGUAAAGGGAGCCGACAAUUCCCACCAACCAGCAAAGCCCCAGAAAAAGAAUUGCUCAGUAGCGUACUGGGGAAGGAGCACUGUGAGUGUGUCGAUGUCACUCUAGAGAAUGCUGAUGGCAAAAAGAGCCUCUCUAAAAAGAGAAUGGUGCCCAAACGUCAGAUCCAGUUAAGACGGAAGGAGAAGAAGGAAAUAAGUUUUUGUACAGCUGGUGACUGUGCUGUUCUCCAGCCAUUCACACAACCAAGGAAAGAGUCAUGUGUGAAGGGCAGGACUAUCAGCGAUGAGUUUAGGAUAAAUUACAAGCAGUUUAUGAGAGCAGCCUCUUUGAACAAUGCUUAUAAUAAAACAAAGCUUGCUUCAAGUCUAGUGAAAAAUGUUUUAGCUAAAAAAAUGCAGUAUGAACAAAGGAUCAAAAUGGAGCAGGCUUCUGUCCGGGGCAGCUCAACCUCUUCUGUCCCUUCCUCCAUAAGUACUGAUCUGCAGGGGGACAGUUUAGAAGGCAAGUCAAGUUCUCUGUCCAAGUCAGACUGCAGUUUUUCAACUGAAGAUGUGCAAAGCCAUUCCACCAGCGAGAGGUCUGAGCCCAUUGUGGUGAAUAAAGAGGGCAUGGAUGCCUUGAGACCAACAAAGGGAGUUGUGAUCAAUGAGCAAAUGAGGGAGAAUGUCUGCAAACUGAAAAAGACAUUUAAUGAGCUGAAUGAGAGAAUGAAGUAUCAAGAAGCCACUAACUUGAAGAGGCUCCCUAUACUGGCAGAUAGUGGUGUGAAUACAAUAGAGUCCAACAACAUCAGAAAGCAGGCUGCUGGGGAGAGAAAAGAGUACAGAAGAGCCCGUGCUGUGUUUGAGUCCAUGCAGGCUGAUACAAAAGGCUUGGCUGCAGUUCCAAAAUUUGCAAAGCCACAAAAGCCAUGGCCAAACCUGAAGCAGAGAGCCAUUCAGAAGAACAAGCACACACAGUCAAAAGAAGAAACGUUUCCUCUCAAACCUAAAAGCCUUGCAGUACCUAAAGAUGCAUCCAGGAACAUUUUCACAUCUAAAACCAAAGAAAUGAAACUCAUCCCUCAGACCAAGCAUGAGCAUAGUGUUCUGAAUGCCCUAAGGCACUCAACUUCAGACAGAGCUUCUGGAGAAUGGAGGUUACCUACAGUUCACAGCAUGAAACUUUCAUCUCUUGUUUUUCCUACUUCUGGCAAAUCACACAGUGGUGAAAAAGUAAACCAUCCAAAACCACCUCAUACAGAGGAGAGUGUUCAAGUGGAAAAUAAAAGCAACAUAAGAAUACAUCAACGCAGAGAUGUCAGGAAAUUAGUGAAGGAUGCCUAUAGCCCUGGCUUUAAAUCAUCAGACAGCUCCAGUACAGACCGGCCUUCCUGCUCAGGAAACAAGACUGAGAACAACCUAACUGUGUUGCCAAAGGAAUCCAUGGCCAUCUCCCCUCUGUUCAUACGCUGCACCUCAAUACGUCGGAAGGAUGAAGCACAAACAGUAAACCAUUUACAGGAGAAAAAGCAAGAACAAACUGAAGACAUAGAUAUGUCAACACUUUCUCUACACAGUCAGAGCACAAGUAGCAAGGAAUGUGCAGGCGGUUUUAACUCCACAACACAGACACAUGGGGACAUCGCUGUAUGUCCUCCAGAAAGCAAAUGCUCUGCAGUGGCUGAAUCUGCAGUACACAUUACUACAAUUCAGUCUAGGAAGUAUGUGACGGACAACAAAGAUUUUCAACCGAAGGGAGAAAACAAACCCGUUCCUUAUGAGCGGAGUGAGUUAAAUGUCAGACCUUCUUCUACAACCACCAAAAAAGAAUCUCAGCUGAAUAUUAAAGUCAACAGUUCACUCUCCAAGCAGACACAUAAAACAGAAACUGAUCAUUUCCCAGCUUUCAGUUGUUCCUCACUGGAAGACAGGACCAUGAAAGAAACAUUGCCACAAUCUAACCAUAGCUUAAAAGAAAAUAAAGCUGCUGCUUCUACAGAAACUAUUGCAACUCCAUCUUCUACAUAUCUUCAGGAGAUAACUGGCUGUGCAACCACAAGCCAUAUUCAUAAGCCCUGCAAAACCGAGGAAGCUGAGUUGCCAUAUCAGAAACAUUUAUCCAAUGAAACCUUCUCAGUGGCUCCACAAGACAGUAAAGGGUCUUCUAACAUUUCAAAAGAAGACAACAUGAUCUCUGAAUCUGGAUUGUCCUACGAAAGUUGUAGGCACUCACAGUUCAUCAGGCCUCCAAUGACAUCCACCCAAAAUAUUCAGACACAGACUCCAGCAAACAAUUAUUUUGCUGACAGUGCAUCUGAUACUACACUACUGGAAGACACAAAAUCCUUGGAUGACAAUAGAAUACUUUCAGAGUGCAUAAUUUCAGACAGUCCAUCAACAAAAGAGUAUACUGAAGGAGUCAAGCUAACAUCUAACUCUUCUUUUACACCCUCAUCCUCUUAUGGAAAGUUCCAUGACCCAGGAUGGGAUUGUUUUAAUAAACACCAGGCAACAAACGAACAGUAUUUUUCAUCCACCCAAGCUGACAGCACAAAUUACUUAACAAUUCCUGUGAAAGCCCAUCAACCUGAGGCAGCUACUAAGCACCCACUACCUACAUACAUGGAUAACACUUCUUUUACCUCUAAUGUCUCUUUCCAGUCAAGUGGAGAAGCAUCAGGAAAUAAAAUAAGCAAUGAGCUUUUCCCACCAAAACAACUGGAAAAGAAGGCACCCUCUGACAACGUGUUGCACAAUAACCCGAGCCAUGGACAGCUCCCCUUAAGACUUGAAGAGUCUCCUUGUUUUACAAGACGAACUGAAGGAAUUUCACCAUCUGGCAAGAGUGCCCCAAGUCCAACUAGACAUUUUGCUGCUCCUCUGCAGGGACACAGAAAAAUGUUAGUUGAUCCAGAGAGUGGAAAGUGCUAUUAUGUGGAAUCACCAAGGCAGCCUCAGUUGAAGAUGCUUUAUGACCCAGAGACAGGACAGUACAUUGAAGUGCUAAUACCACCAGUUCCACUGACAUCACACAGUGGGCUUUAUCAGUCCCCUUUCUCAUCAGUGGUAAUGAAUCCAGGAAGUUAUGGACCACCUUACAUGUCAUACUCUGCAUUUUCAGGUUUCCCUCCCCCUCCCCCUCCUCCCCCUCCCCCAGUAAUACCACCUGUUCAUGUUGAUCUUCAAGACCCACAACCCAUUCAAGAAAAUUCAACCUGCAAUGAAAGUUUUGGUCAUUUUUCAAAGAAUGAAGCUCCACCAACUACCCACACUGCUGAUGGCAACUACAUGGAAAGCUUGUACUAUAUUCCCACAGGGAUGAAUUUGAGUCCUAAUCCUAAUCAUUCUUUAUUUUCCCCACCUACAAAUUCUGGUCCUUCUGUGCCUGAAAAGGGAUCUUUCUUUAGGAUGUAGCAUGUAUUGCAAUAAUAAGGACAUAUGGAAAUAACUGA